UGGGUCUCAAGACUCUUGAGGAACCACUGUUCCCUCUCAUGUUCUGGAAGGAGGCUGCUAACUUCUCAUGUGAUCCUCGCAUUCUCUUAAAAGAAGAAACUGAGAGGAAGUCUGUGCUUGUGGUGAGCUUCAUAGCCCUGUGCCUCUUGCUGCUAGCCAUGCGCCUUGUCAAUGACAUGAAUUUCCCUUUGCUGCUGAACUGCUUUGGACAACCUGAAACAAAAUGGAUCCCAUUGUCCUACACAUUCAGGCAGCCUCUUCGAACUCACUAUGGAUACAUAAAUGUGAGGACCCAAGAGCCUCUGCAGCUGGACUGCGGCCAUUGUGCCAUCGUGUCGAACUCGGGUCAGAUGGUUGGACAGAAGGUGGGAGAGGAGAUAGACCAGUCCUCCUGCAUUUGGAGAAUGAACAACGCCCCCACCAAGGGUUUUGAGGAAGAUGUUGGCCACGUGACGAUGGUUCGCGUUGUAUCACAUACCAGUGUUCCUCUUUUGCUAAAAAACCCUGACUAUUUUUUCAAGGAGGCAAGUGCCACCAUUUAUGUUAUUUGGGGCCCUUUCCGCAACAUGAGGAAGGAUGGAAAUGGCAUUGUGUACAACAUGUUAAAAAAGGCAGUUGAUAACUAUCCAAAUGCACAGAUUUAUGUGACCACAGAGCAGCGGAUGAGUUACUGCGAUGGAGUUUUUAAGGAGGAAACUGGGAAAGACAGAGGGGGAAAAACCCAGCGACUCAGCUGGUGCACAGCAGAGCUGGGAUUAGAAGCUCAAGUUUCUCAACUAGUCAAGCGUUUCUAUGAAACAUUUGGGACAGAAGAGUCAAUGGGAACAGCGCCAGCUCAUCAUCCAAAUGGUCUCUGGGGAAAGUCGUGGGCAGAGCUGUUUGCUGAAUAGCUGUGCAUAUCUGGAGAGGAAUGUCAACGUGCUCUAUCCUUCAGAACUUCUUAAAGAGCCUUUGGAACCUCUGUGGAGUCAAGUUCCUCUGCACACGGUAAUCCACGUAAGCUAACCAGGGCAGAGCUGGGCAACGGGAAGUGAGGAACACUUUAUUUAUUGCAGGGAGAAACAAAGAGAGCAAAAAGACCAUGAAGGAACACAGACCACUUCUCCUCAGGCCCACACGAAAGAUACACCUAUUCUGUUCUUACUUUAUCAGUUCUUGCCCCUUGUUCUCCUCUCUUUCCUCAGGGCCUCUCUCAGACAGAGACCUGGAAUUUUUUCUAUUUUUUACUUUCCUUUAUUUUGAGCCUCCAGGUAUAUGCACAUAAAGUGACAAAUCAGGACACAUAUAUUAAAUAUUGUCAUUUAACAAAUUGGCAAAUUUAAUAUACACAUAAAGCAAUGUAAUUAUAUUCCUCAUAAAAUAAUUGAGGAGUUUUCAAAGAACUUCCAGGUUUCACUUCACAAUAGGCUCCAUCUGCAGCAGCGCACACACGCACAGUCGUGGGAUGGUGCCCUCUCUCUGACCUGCCUUCCUCACCUCUUGCUGAACCACCUGUAUGAUCAGAUAAAAGAAGCCAGAAGUUCACAUUUCAGUACCUUUGUGCGCAUGCUGAGCAAGCACCGCCUCUCUCUACCCUCCCCACCCGAGUCUCUCCCUCCUGCCACCAGGAUGCUGAGCUGCAAGAAUUUCAGAUGGGGCAGGAGAUUGCUGGGACAACUGCUAAGCAAGAGAAGAGUCCCUGGAAGACACAUGAGAGGCUGUUUCAAGGGAUCAGAGUCUAAAAGCGAACUGGAUCAGGAAGUAGAAGAGAUACAUUGUAUUUCCAUGUUGAGUGGACCAAAGUUCCCAAAGAAACCUAGAGGAAGAGUGUGUGCAGUAGUGGGGUAACCACCCAACCCAGCAGGUGGGAGGCAGCCCUGGGAGGCAGCCCUGGGAGGCAACCCUGGGACAAACACACCUGGAAACUCCACCCAGGGAUGAGCAAUCACCACCCACUUUUAUUACCUCCUCUGGAGGACUGAGUUCUCAUUACUGUCUGUCAUUUUGAACUUGAUGGAGAGAAGGUUGGGUUAGCAGUCAGACCAGAGUUGAUAGAAAACAGUGGACAAGCCAUUUUCCAAUCCCCUCCCCCUCUCAAGACUGAGUCAAGCUUUCCUGCCUAAGAGCUGUUCCUGUGCAAGCCCCUCUUUGCCCACCUGCUGAGUGUCCUUUACUAUUUCUCUGGCCACCAGCGUAAGCAUGAGAUGAGAGAGAGGAGGAGUCCAAACCAUCUGGAGACUGUCUUGGUAGGAAAGCUAGGGUAAUUACUUAUUUGCAGUCAUUUUUAACCAAAUGAAUUCAAUUUCCCCAUUUCGACUGACCUUAUUAAAUGAAAUGCUUGAGAAUUGACAGUUACAUAAACUUUAUUCAGAUAAAGGCCAUAAAAGCUAAUACUAGCCUCCUCUAAGAAUCUCAGUCUAGAAAUGCAGACUUUCUGCUAGAUACAGACAGUUCAUUGGAAUAGUAUGUAUGUUGGGGGUGACAAUUAAGAGACUCCAUAGUUCCCUCCAAACUACAAAAGUGUCUUCUUAUUUUAUGGCCUUCUGUUUAGUCCCUGUCUCCAAGCAGCUUCCUUCUGGGUUUGAAGAUAAUUGACUUUGCUCUUGUUACAUAAGUUAGACAUAAAAAUGGCCUGAACUAAACAGAAGAUAAUAUCCCAAAGUCCCUUCCCACCUUCACUAGAUAUCCAGGAUCCACGAGAACAACUUACUUAAAGUUCUAGAGCACUGGUUCUCCACCUCUUUGGGGUUACCUAGCAGAAAUCCUGCACAUCAGAUAUUUACAUUAUGAUUCGUAACAGUAGCAAAAUUACAGAUACAAAGUAGCAACGAAAACAAUCUUACGGUUGGGAGUCACUCUAGCAUGAGGAACUGUAUUAAAGGGUCACAGCAUUAGGAAGGUUAAGAUCUGCUGCUCUGCAUAGUGACUGACUUGCUGCCAAAAGCAGGCAGGAGCAGCAGGACAUUUGUUCACCAGACUUCUCCAGGCAUAUUGAGGUUCAAAGCCUCAUCAGUCACAAUACUUUAAUUACACCUCAUAAGACGGCUGGACAGUGGAAGGAAAGGCGACAGCACUAGAGUUUUCUCACAGAGAAGAUUGUCCCUAAUCAUGACAUUUCCCUAAAUCAUAGGCUUUCCUUGUAUAAAGACUCAAAAUGAAGCCCUCUCCCUCUGCAGUGGAUGGCUGGAGUCGGUCCUGCAGGAGUAGAGAAGUGGGCCGAUGACCUCUCAUAGACUAUGAACUUCAAGCAUUCUGAAUAUUUAGACUUUUAUGUUCUGCCAAUUUACCUUGAAAAUGGCCAGAAAUUGACAUCACAUUAAGAAUGUAUAUUCUUUGAAACCAAUCUGGCAGGUGUCAAGGUCUUGACGAGAUUCUGCCUCCAUCUGUCUAGACUGUUGGUAGAGUCCUUUCCCACCCUUCAGUGGGGUCCUCCAGGACUCUGCUGGACACUGGCUGGAUGAUCAUUUCCAGACAGCCCCCAGUCUGUCUGUCUGACUCUCUGGGUUCUGAUAGCUACAGGUGUAAGGAUGUUUCUACAGGUGAAUUUGGCCACAUAAAUUGUGCUUACAAGUAUUUCCAUUUGAAGGUUUAAUGGGACACACCCAUCAUUCCUGAACACUAAAACAGUGAUGUCAUAGAGGGCUCCAGUGUUCAGAACACCUCUUGACAGGUCCUGUUGUUGAACUUGUAGAGGCUUUAUUUAUCCCAGGCAUUUGAAUCAGUUAAAUUUAGCCUGCCUUUCUCCAGGUGAUUUAUUUAGUGUUUAUAAGUCCGUUUUUGACAUCUUCUUCCAUUUCUUCCACUAAAAUGAUCUCACCCUUAUGGUCUUAUGGAGACAUCAUUUAUAGCUAGAACGGCAGAUCUGAAAAUGCAUUACCUUUAAAUAGUGGGAUUCAUCAUAUCUGAGUUCAUAUGUCUGAUAGCCAAAAAGUGCCAUUUCAUUUCAGAAGAAAAAUUGCUUCUGUCGGUGUAAACAGAAUGCAUUAUCCCCUUUUAAUAACCAUUCUUAAGUGUGCGGCUGUAUUACUUUCUCACAGCUGUAUUCCAAUAAGCUGCAGAGUAAUUGCCAGCUCUCCUGUCUAAUAGGUUCAUUAUUCUUUUGCCAUAAUUGCAGCCAUUAAAUGUUCAAUUGUUAAAUUUCCACUCCUCCGUUUUUUUUAGUGUUACAUUUUAUAAUGGGGCAUGUCAUUACAGCACCCCAGUGGCCAUGGCUGUUGCUCAAAGUAUUUCUCAAUGUUAGUGGGAACCCUGUGAAACAGAUCUUCAUUUAUUUUAUUUGUUCAGAAAUCCAACUGUUCCCCCACCUCGCCCCGUCCUUUUGUACAAUGUCCUGAAACAUACUGGUUCUCACAAGUUGGUGGGUGCUUUACAUAGAAAUCUGAAGAAAUGAUCCCGUCUGGGGCCUCCCGUGAGUCUGAGCAUGCUUUCUCAGGCCAGUGCCAUGAUUCGGUUAUGACAAGACGACAGAGUAAAGAUUCCACUAAGAAAUUAACGCUUGAGAUUUAACGCUUUCUUCAGGAACACUGAUUUGUCUUUGAGCUUUUAAAUUUGUGUGGCUUUUUCAUCAAAUGAGAACUCCAUCAGCAAUGGUGAUGGUGUGGUGGCCUGUGGCACUCAUGAUCAUAAAUGAGAGCCUCCUGUUUAUGGCUCCUCAUCUCUAGGUGUGUCUCUUCCUGCAGUCCCGGUCACCUCAUCUGCUGCAGUGGACUGAACUGCUUUAGGAGGGUAUGUGGAUGGAGGUGGGAGGGGGAACCAAGGCAUGUGUGUGUGUGUGUGUGUGUGUGUGUGUGUGUGUGUGUGUGUGUGAUGACAAUUUGCAAGAACCGUUUUCCCUAUACACAAUGUUGAUUUCAGGGACUGAAAGCAGGUCAUCAGGCUUGGGGGUGGAUACCUCUGCCUCCUAUGUGCUCUCUUCUCCCAAUCUUCUCCCUCUUCCUCUCCCUCUUCCCCUGUUCAUCCCCCAUCUCCCUCCCUCCCUCUUGUUCCUUAGCUUGUAUGUGUGUGUGUGUGUGUGUGUGUGUGUGUGUGUGUGUGUGUGUGCACAUGAACAUGUGUGCUCAUGUGUGUAGAGGCUGGAAGACAACUUUGGAUAGUCUUCCUCACCACCCACUUUUAUUUUUGUGAGAUAACCUCUGACUUGCCAAGUAGACUAAGCUGUUGGCCAGGAAGCCAUGGGGACCUGCUUGUCUCUGCUUCUCCAGCACUGGGAUGACAAGUGUGUGUCACUAUGCCCAGGUUUGUGUGUUGCUUUAUGUGGGUACUAGAGCUCAAACCCAGGUCCUUGUGACUGCAAGGUGAGCACUUUACAGACCAAAGUGCCUCCUACUCCUUUCUCUUUCCCUUUCUCCCAGUGCCAGGGUGUGGGCCAGACCAGCGGCACCACCGACCCCAGCCUUGAAGACCUUUAGUGUCCUUCAGUAUUCAAGCACUACCCAAGGCUUUGAUCUAGUUCCCAAGCCAUUUUAAAGGAGUUUUCUAAUCACCCCCUUGUCAGUUAAUAGGAACUUUCAAGGUUGUUUCAUUUCCUCACCACUCAUUGAAUUAACUUUUAUUUCCCUCUGAAGAUGAAAAUAACUUACAGUCAGUGGAUUAGCAGUGUAAUUUUGUCCAACUCAUCUUAGCUCUGUGUUCUUUGGGAAAUCCUCUCUAUUUUAAAGCAGAUCCCCUUUUCUCUUUUUUGGUGAGAACUAUAGAAGACUUUCCCUAACAUGGUUCAUGGCUUCAAAUGUACUAGUCCUCCUCCUCCUCCUCCUCCUCCUCCUCCUCAUCAUCAUCAUCAUCAUCAUCAUCCUCUUCCCUUAUAUUCUUGCAUACACAUCAUUAUUCUCAUGUUAUUAAAAAUAGUCACUAAAUUUAUUGAGUGUUUGCUGUCUUUCUGUGUCUGGACUAUGUGAUUAGACACAUUUUUCUCCAUUGAUCCUGUCAGUCCCACCAUACAGAUGAGGCAUCUGAAGCCACAGGAGAUAAUAACUAAUGCAGACUCAUAGCUCACCACAGCUGAGUCCAGAAAUCGCCCCCAGUGUCUCCUCAGCGUAUCUGUCAUGGAAGCACUGCUCCAAACAGUGAAAGGAGUUAGCCACAUCUAUAAAACAGCAGCUGACAGACAACUUUCAAAUCUAGAUGUUUCCAUGGGCAGACAGGUAGAGAAAACCAUUUGCCACAAGGUAAGACUGACCCAGGAAAUCAUUUCUCCACUGUCAGCCUUCCUUCCCAGUGAGCUGUCUACAAAAGACAAAGGGGACAAUUGCUGAGGUGACCUGACAGUGACUUAGAGUUUAUCAAAACCCACAACUUUCCUAUAAAGAAGAAAACGGACAAACAUAUUACAUGUGCCAUACCCCAAGUAUCAAAAUGUCCCAUUUCCCAAUCUCUAUCACAUCAAAAAAAAAAAACUUAUAAAAAGUGUCUGAGUAUUUCUUUUACAUUUUGAUAAUUCAAAUUUGAUAGCAAGACUUCAGAUAUAAUUUGAUGGCUGCUGACGAGAGCUAAAUAAUGUUUCUUGUCUGCCUUGCUCAAAUCAGCUUUGCAACCUUAGCAAGAACAAUCAUUUGCUGUUGUCAGUGAAAUAGUUCAGAAAGGGUACAGAGUGCUGUUAUUUUGACAACUAUUCUCUUUCAAGGCAACACAGUAAAUACAUCUUCUUUUGCUCAUCUCCCCAUAACACAAUAGCCAAGAUGGGAAAAGAGAAAGCACAGGGUAGGUAGGGUCGAUAAGAAAGCCAUAUUGUGUGAUUAACAAAGAGAGCCGCAUUACCUGAUGAAGUCAAAGGACCCACCCAGGGAGACUGGGACCAGAUGGCUGGGGAAAUCUCCGGUGGGAGACUGAAAAGAUAAGUGCCUGCCUCUCUGAAAACAGGCUUCCUACCUGUCUCGUUAGGCAGCUGAUCUCUUGAUGGCAACAUAUUUCAGAAAAUGGUCUGCUACUGAAAAAGCAGCAGCUGAAAGAUUUGUGGAUCAGAGAGCGGCUGUCAUUAGACUCUGUUCAGUGAAUAAGAUUAGCUACUAUCCCCUGGAAGUUUCCGGAAAGGAUUUGGUAUAAAGUAGUUAGAGGCAUGGAUAAGCUUUCUGCUCACAUUCUCUUCAGGCUUGGGAUGUCAGAGAGGAUUGACACAACUGAAGAAAAUGCACAUCAGACUCCUCACUCUAGAGUGCUUGGUACGUUGCAAACUUUCAUGGGUGUUUGAGAGAACUCCAACUCCUGGGGUGUAUUUAAGCAACCCACCCUGAGUGGCAGACCUUGGUCUAAUCUCUGGUUUUAGAUAGGACCCCAUGAGGAGCACAAGCCAUGAGUCUGACAACGGAUCCCUGUGCUGUACAAAACAGACACAGUGAAUGGCUUCGAUCACCCUCGUGUCCUCGUUUCUUAAAAGAAAAAAGUGCACAUUUAUAAAAUAUGAAAGAUUUGACAGCUUAGACAAUUCUAAAAUAAUUUUUCUGUUAGAAGAAACACUUUGUCUAGAGUGGUCCACUCUGCAGUCAAUAUUGGAGAAAAGCAGGAAGCCAUAGAAAGAAUUGUGUUCCUCAGAUGUUACAGAAGCAACGUGAGAAAUGCCUGGAGGGACAGAAGGUGUUUGGUGUCCAGUGUGCAUGCUGGCGGAAGGUGGUGGCAAAGGGCCCAGAGGAGAGAGGGAAGUGGGGAGAACUUGGUGGUCUUUGUCACCCAUUUUAUAUUGUAUUAAAUAGGGCAGAAAACCCGUGACUGCAUCCCAUGAUGCUCUGACUAAUGUUGAUAACGAAAUACAGUCUUUUUUCUCUCUUGUGUGUGUAUGUGUGUACACAUUUGUGUGUAGGAAUAUGAGUGUAUUGUUGUGAGUGCUUGUGAAGGCCAAAAGAUGGGCUUGAGUGUCAUUCCUCAAGAACUGUCCACCUUGUGUUUUGAGACAGGGUCUCUCACUGGCCUGGAGUUCACUGAUUAGGGUGGGCUGGCUGGCCAGUGAGUCCCCAAGGAUCCACCUGCAUCUGUUUAUCUAGUGGUGGGAUUGCAGGUGCAUUGUGUGCCACCACACUCAGCUUUCUUGUGGGGCUACAUCCCAGAUUUUGCUGACAUCACAAGCAUUGUACCUAGGGAGAUACCCAAAACUUUGAGACCUAAUUUUUACACCCAAAAACUUGCUUUAAGCUGUUCAGAGAAUCCUUCCACAUGUUCCACACUUUAAUGUAUUUGACACUGAAAUGAAUCCUAGAAUAUCGUUUGUAAUUAUCAGUUUCUUUGGCCGAAGCUAUAUGUGCCAAGUGUAACUAUUGAUUAAAAAGUCUUUUGUAACAAUUAUACUAUUAUAAGGUUUUGAGGUAAAGUUAUUGAGCAUAAAAAGAUACAUAAACAGAGCAACAGAGCAUAAAAUAAAUAUUAAUAACCAUUAAGGGAAGAAAAAUCAAAGUAUAUUUAUUUAUAAAACAUUAACCAAGUGAUUUACAAAAUGAUCAUGAACAAGUAGAUGAAAUUUGUUCUGUGUGUUAUUACUAUAAUGACUCUAUUCUCUGCCACAGGUCCAGUAAUAAAGAGGGGGAGAGGAUGUGUCAGAACCUACAGUGACCGGGACACUGACAUGUCCCCCAUUGCAGGUAGAGCCCUCCGAGCAUGGGGGCAACUCUUAACUCUUUCAGAACUUAGCUGACAGUGAUGAGCUUUAACAACUGAUAAGAAAUUAUAGAAUCAAGGGACCUUAUGAAUUCUGAGAGUGCUCAGCUCCCCACGGGAGAAGGGACGGUCACGUUUCCUUCUAAUCCCUUCACUUCCCUUUCCUGCCUGAUGGCAAGAGCUGAGGUCUCCAGGUGCUGAGAGAUGGAAAAAUGGGAGCCUGUUCCAUACUGCUGAUUUCCAAGUUUGUAACAUGCCACUCUCAACACAGCAUCUGGUAAAAUUAUUAUCUGUUUAUUGUAGUUUCUCUUUAUUUUUUUAAAUCUGGUUCUCUCUGUAGCCCGGGCUGCUGUGCCAGUAUCUCAAAUGCUAGGAUUAUAGAGGGAGGAAUCACCAAAUCUGUUUUUAUUUAAGUACUUGACAUUAGUUUUCGUAAAUACUUUAUGGGUUAAGAGAUGUCCCUCAUUUGCUUGAAUACUUUAAAACUUUUAAUUCUAGAAAUUAAGAUGCUUCAUUAUGAUGUUUCUAUAGAUAUAUUUAAUAUUUUGGUCACACUCCCUCUCUGCUCCUCCUUAUGCUCCCUUCGGCCUCUACGUUUUUCUCACACAUCUCUAAUAAUCUCCCUUUUAUUUACUUUUUGUUUUCCCCCACAUAUAUAUUACAUUGUGAGAAAAAAAGCACAGGAACCCUGUUUUUGUGAGACUGGCUUAUUUCAUUUAACACAGUGGACUCCAUUUCAUGUUCCUACAAAUAACAUAAUUUCAUUUCUUUAUGGCUAAGAAUUGAAAUAAAGAAUAAAAGUUAAAAAUUUGUAUCCAUUUGUAGAAAUAAUCAUGCAGAUUUUUCUGUUUAAUCUGGAGUGAAAAUUACACUAAUUUUUCUAACGUCAAACCUACCUGGAAUUCUUGGGUCAACCAGGCUAGCUGUGAGAGCACUGUCAUUAUAUUCUGCUAUAUGCAGCCUUUAUGGUUCUUUGCUCCUUGUGUGUUCCUUUCCUGAACAGUCCUUCGCCAUCCUUAGUGUGAAGAUUAGCCUAGACUUAUAAGGUAAGUCUCGGUACAUUCAUCCUUCUUCUUGUUUCUUGCAUAGUUUGUGCAUGCUGGGGGAAGGCAGUCAUUGUCUUCACCUGCAGGCGAGCUCAUCAGGCUCUGAGGGGGAGUUCCAAAUCAUAUGGACUGCCAUGACCAGACUCAGUGAGACCCAGAAUGAAAGAAGGAGCAAGGGCCGUCUUCAUGAAUGCUUGGUGAAACUGAGUACUGAGAUGACCAGUAAUUGAGUUUGCAUGGUCAUUACAGAGCCCAGGACCACUAGACAGAAAGGGAGGAGGAACAGUGGGCGAGGGCAUUCCUGUUACAGAAUACAGUAGCUUCCCUGUGGUACCAGCAGCAGGGGUCACCUGAGCCUCACUCAAAGCACCUCUUGUAAUAAUGCAAUAUGGCAGCCA